AUGAUGAUGCCGGAGAUGAUCAAGGCGGCGGCGAUGAUGGCGGCGGUGAUGAAGACGACCAUGGUGAUGUUAGCGGCGAUUGAGGGCGCCGAUGGUGAACAUGGCAAGUCGGCGGAGGAGUGCUGGAGUGUGAGCGACGACGCCGGCAAUGGCGGCAGAUGGUUGAAGGAGUGCACGCCCGAUACGCAGUCCGUCUAUCAAAGCUGGCCGCACGGUCUCACGGACAACGACGUCUCGGGCGGCAUCGCGCUAGCUCUGCGCGUACGGACCUGCUGCUGCGCGCGCUACCGCUCGAACGUCACCGUCAAGGGGGUCGCCUUCCCGGGGAUGACGGCGCAGAUGCGAGAGGCGUGCGCCGACACGUUACUGCCUCCGGGCGGAUUUUUAUUUUCCAUCACGCUCGCCGCUUCGGGACUCCGCCACGUAAUGUCGAUGCCUCUCCUCAUCCACGCUUUCUCCGCCGGCCUCGUUGCGCCGCCGGCCGGCACGCUCAUCGUCGGCGGUGGCCCGGCAGGGCUAGCGACCGCGAUUGCCCUCGCAAAGCGCGGCUACAAGAAAGUCGAGGUGCUCGACCGGCUCCCACCGCCACCUGCGGUCGACGACACGGCGUGGAGCGACACCGCGCGCUUCUAUCUCAUCGGCAUCGGCGGCCGCGGCCAGAACGCGCUUCGCAAAAUCGGCGCCUGGGACGCGAUUGAGCCCUUCACGCAGCCUGUCGCUGGGAGGAAGGACUGGGCGCCUGGGAGCGGCGUUGACGGCGGUGUGCUGACAGUCCGUGCCGACCGUCCGCCCUCAAACGUGAUCCAGCGCGACCGGCUCGUCUCGUGCCUCCUCGCCGAGUCUCGCUCGCUCGGCAUCACGGUCCGGCACGAGGUCGACGUGGCGUCUGUGCGGUGGGAGGGCGGCGAGGCGGUGCUGACAUGCCGCCCGUGCGGCGAGGAGGCUUGCCAGCUCGAGGAGGCCGUCGAAGGGCGGGCCGCUGCCGCAGCGCCGCCAGCGUCCGGGGGAGAAUACGAGCUGCGCGCACCCUUUCUGGUCGCGAGCGAUGGCGUCCGCCGCACGGUCGCCGCUGCAGUCGAGGCGGCAGACCGAGAGAGGCGGUGGGCGCUGCCGGGCCGCCGCUUCAAGGUCACGCGCUUCGAGGACACGAGCGUGCGAGUGUACAAGACGGUGCCGUUUCGGCCGCCAGAGGACUGGCGCGGCGACAUCAACUACUCUGCGCGCACGGCCAAGGCCAACUUCGACGCGCUGCCCGCCCCCGGCGGAGACUACUGCGGCGUGCUGCUCAUCGAGCCCGAGGAUGAGCUGACACAGGGCCUGCCAGACGUGCCCUCCGCGCGUCGCUACUUCGACGACCUGCUGCCGAUGUUCUCGCCACACAUCAGCGACGAGAGCCUGCAGGCGGGCGCUGCCCAAGCUUCCCUCCUCGACCCCGCCCUCCCACCCGCUCCUCCACCCUCCACCGUCAAGCAGCUGCCGCAGCUCCAGCCCGCCCCUCCACCCUCGCAGGCCGUCAUCGAUAAGCCGACGUCGCGGCUGCCGCAGUUCCGGUACGCCGGCCCGCGGCUGCACCACCGCAACACCGCGCUCCUCGGCGACGCAGUGCACUCCGUCAAGCCGUACUUCGGCCUCGGGGUGAACGCUGCCUUCGAGGACGCGCUCGACGACUCCCCCGACCUCCCAAACGCGCUGCGCGCCUUCUCGGCCAAGCGGGCGGGCGAGGCGCGCGUGCUCGUCCAGCUCUCCCGCUCGUUCGACCUCGGCGGCUGGCGCUCCUUCGCCUUCUUCAUCGGCCCGCUCAUCCUCGACGGCAUCUUCCACGGCGUCGCGCCGAGCCUCUUCGCGCCAAACACUUUGGCGAUGCUGCAGAAGCCCCACCUCUCCUUUGCCCGCGUGCGCUGGCGCAAGCGGCUCGACCGCACUAUCCAGCUCGCUGUCCUCGCCGCCGCCGCCACCGCUGCCGGCCGCCUGGCCGCCGUCGCGCUCGGCGCCGCCGUCCGCGCGCUCACGCGCGCGUCGCUGCCGCCUGCCGCCCGGCCGCUGCUCGCCGCCGCUCCGCUCGCCGCGGCGGCCGCAUUCGCCUUGCGGUUGCGGCAGCGCGUCGGCGGCGAUGUGGCGGAUGUGCUCGCGUCGCAGGUGACCACGGGCAGCGAGAAGGGAGAGCGAGACGAGGAGCGGCUGGUAGGCACGCGGCCAGGCUAUUAGCAACUCCCCGCUUCACAGCUCUGACGUCUGAGAUAUCGCCGUUGGCGGCACAUGGCACGUGCAUAUACAUGCAUAGACUGAUAUAAG